AUGCCAGAUACGGACAAGAACUCCUACGAUAAAAUAGCAAGCGUCUACGCAUACCAUGGAUCCACAGCCAUCGAAAGCACAGUUGGCCCACUGGAGGGAUGCUCUUACGAAGACGGCACUUGCAACACGAAAGAAGGAGCAGCAAUGGUGUGGACGCCCGAGGCCCAGGAGAAAUAUCGGUGGCACGAUAACUCGACGAGCAGGGCAUAA